UUUUAUUAAACCUACCUAAAUUACUAAUGUCCUCUUCUGAAUGCCGAUUAUUGGCGCGAGCAGUACCAUUACCGUCAAAACAAAAGAUUGCUGAUGAUUCAACUAUAAUUGACUCAUUGGUCAAUCAACUAGAGUCAGCCGUGAUUGAUUCAAAAAAUGUUACUCUUCAAAAAACAAAUAAAAUUCUAAAAGUUAAUGAAGAGAGUUCCGCUAAUUCUAGUGAGAAACGAUGCAUUGAGCGUACUGAAGAAUGCAUUUCACCAGCGGAUCAUUUGGCUCUCCAAUCAUUACGCUCUUCGGCACUUGCCCGAAAGACAAAUACAACAGCCAAAUUCAGUCGUAAUUGUCGUAAUCUCUUUGCCGAUUUAAUGUUUGGCGAAGAGCAGAAAAAGAACCAAAUAAUUAAUGAAGAUAAAGGAAAAGUUGAUUCAUUUGUGUCUGUGGAAGAGGCAUCUUCCGCUACUAUUCCCUUUGAGGAAUCGAAAAAAGUGGAAGAAGAGAAAUUAAAGGAGGAAACCCAGACAAAAUUAGUAACGGAAGAAAAAGGCGUUAAUAAUUCACAAAAAUUGUUGAUUGAUGAACAAGUUGAUAAUAAUACGAUUAAAAAGAACGAGGAAAAUUUGGGUGAUACGGCGAAAGAUUUGACGCAAUUCAAUAAUGAAUCAGUAAAUGAUAAAGAUGAUAAUUGUGCUAAUAAUAAGAAAGAGGAGCCCAUAAAACAAAAGGAACCAGUUGAAGGCGAACUUAUAGCACGUGGACCAAUUCGAGCCAACUUUAUUGUUCAUGGUGCACCUCAACCUUUCCAUCAUCCAUACGCAACAAUGGCUACUCAACACAAUGUGAAUGGUCAUUCACCACCUGGAAGCAACACAAGUAAUAUGUCAUCUCCAAAUAUGGGUGCAACGUUCAACGCAGCGGCUGCCCCUCAAUCAGUCCUUCUUGACCAAAGUGGUCUCAAUCCUGCAGUUUCUUUUGGUUACGGAUACGAUUGUGGUAUUCCGACAAGUAAUUGGAGUGGGGACGCUUGGAGUGUUGGUGGAAGUGAUUCAGCAUUGUCUUCGCCUAGUUCAACUCCUGAUAGUAUUGGAACAACUUUAGAUCCAUUGAGUCCUGGCGAACGAUCAGAACGUAAUGAACUACCUGAUAACCUCUCUGAUUUUAUUCUUGAAUAUUCUCGUCGUUAUUCACCAAUUCUCUCUCGAAAGGCUUCAUUCUCAGAGAGUGGUUCGCCUAGGUCUUUAUCCGGUGAUACAAUAACGAAUGGAGGUGAAUCGCCAUUUAGCGCUCCAAAAAAUUCUCCGUCCGCCCCUCGCAAUGGUGCUGUCGGUGGAGGUUCUCAAACACCACCUUUUGCACCAAUGCCACCAUUAACAUCGCUGACAGCUCGUGACGAGAUAGGAAUUAUUAAUUCAAAUAGGCAAGCAAAAGAGCGUCUUCGCGUUCUCAUUCGAAGUGAAGAUAUGGAUGAUGCUUGGGCUUGGACUUGUAAAUGUAUUCAACGUCACCCGGGGGCUUUAACAUUCCAAGAUGCUGACAAGGAUACCCUUUUGCAUAUUGUUACCUCUCAUCUAGAUUUGGCUAAAAUAUAUGCACUUGUAGAACAAAUGCUUAAGAUGGAUGGAGGUGAAGGAGGGAUACCAAAUUUUGAUAUACCUAAUGCAAUGGGAGAAACUCCUUUAAUGGUUGCUAUACAGAAAAAUCAAGCAGAAGUUGUUAGCUAUUUAUUAGAGGCUGGAGCAUCACCAAAUGCUCAAAGUAAUCGCUUAGAACGGCAUAUGCCCUUACACUUUGCUGCUUCUCACGGAAUGACAAACAUAGUUCGCGCUCUUUGUGGUGAUUCUAGAACUAAAUUGGAUGCUGAAAAUGGAAUGGGUUUAAGUCCUUUAUUGUGCGCUUUUAAAAAUCAUGGAAGAAAAGUUUCCGAAGAAGAAAAUGUUCAACAAAAUAACAAUUUAAUUUGUAAUUUGGAAAUAAUAAAUAUUUUAUUAAAUGCUGGGGCUAAUCCUUUUAAGGUGGAUGCAACUAAUGGACGUUCGUUGGCGCAUUAUGCAGUUGAGCGAAUGGACGAACGUUUGAUUGAGUUACUUCGUGAACAUCUUGAUGAGAAACAAAUGGCCGAAUUGGUUAAUUAUAAAGAUUUUUGUGGAGAAACACCCAUGAAUACUAUCAGAAAUGUUUUUGACGGGAGAACAGAAUUAAAUGAAGAAGAAUCUUUAAAAAGAGAAUGUAUUGGGUUAGCUUUGAUAACAUGUGGGGCAAAUUCCUACAAUUCGAAUAAUGAGAUUUAA